UCAACUGACUGUUUCAUAGUUUUAGUAUAGAUCAUAAAACAAAAGUUAUUCUUUAUCUUCUUCCAACUGUGCAUGAUGAUUUAACCAUAAUCAUGCAGGUGACUUUGGCUGAAUAUGACAUGAAAGUAAAGAGAAAGGUCAUGUCUGACAUUGAGAAACUGCGCAAGCGUAAUGAGGAAAGGUAUUCUCAGGAGAUCCGUGCGGCAGUUGAGAAGAUUGCCGAUCGAAAAGCUAGCAGUGAAGUUCUGGCUAAAAGAAAGAACCAAAAUUUAAACACACAAACUGCCACAAUCCUUGAGAGGGACUUUAUGCUACAACCACAGCAUGCCAAGACUGUUGCCAACCAAAAGAAGGAUGAAAUUCUGGAAAAGGUGAAAGCAGUGAUGGCAUCCUGCAUAGCUGGCAACAUUGAGAAAACACAAAAGGAGGAGCAGAAAAUUGCUCAGCAGAACUUAAAUACGGUGGAAAAGAAAUACAAGGCAGAACUGACGGCUCUAAAGGAGAGGACACGAGAGCUGGAAGCCGUUGUGGACAAGACUGCUCAAGAUCUGCAAACUGCCAUUGCAGAUAAGCAGGUUUAUGUGGAUGACCUGGAGGAGACCAGAGCAGCAUUUCUGAAUUUCAUCAAUCUUCAAUUCAAAGACUUAAAGCCUGAUCAAGCUGACUUCAUACUCCCACCCAAGAAAACUGACAGGAAGUGA